GUGUAUCCUGCUAUCCUGGUUGAUAUUGCAAAGCAGAACAUGUCUACAACCCCACCGGUAGCAACGUCCACACCAUGCCGAAUACAAUCCCGUAAAGGGACGAAGGCCGGAUCGGUGGAAUUGAUGCCUCCCGCCAGCGCUUCUACGGCCGCUAAAUUUUAGAACUGUACCGAAGCACGCCAUGGGGAGGAUUACACAUGACUGCGCAGCACAUAUCUCCGCUUACACAUCUCUCAUUUCGAAGGCCAUCCAUUUAUAAGAUUGCUACGCGAUCCAAUACAGAACUUCUCCCACUCAAUUCACGCUCUCACUCGUGGCUUUGCAACACUUCACAAUGGCUAGCAAGCUCUUCACUCCCCUCAAAGUUGGCCAUGUCCAACUAUCUCACCGCAUUGCCAUGGCGCCUCUCACGCGGUUCCGGGCUGAAGACGAUCACGUCCAUUCUGCCAUGGCGAAGGAAUACUACGAACAAAGAGGUAGCGUCGCUGGAUCACUAAUCAUCACCGAGGCGACGUUCAUCUCCCCAAAAGCAAGUGGGUACCCAAAUGUUCCCGGGAUCUGGUCGAAGGAGCAGGUUGAGAGUUGGAGGAGAAUUACUCAGAGUGUGUCUACGAGGGGUUCACAUAUGUACCUGCAGCUCUGGGCUCUAGGCCGUGUGGCGAAUCCCAAAGUCAAGGAAGCAGAGGGCUCUGGAGACGUUGUUUCCGCUUCAGCUGUGCCGGAAAAGGAAGGAGCUACCGUUCCUCGAGAACUGUCUGACGAUGAAAUUCGAGAAUACAUCCAGGACUAUGCAAUUGCAGCAAAGAACGCCAUCGAAGCUGGAUUCGCUGGCGUGGAGCUUCACGGCGCUAACGGCUAUUUGAUUGAUCAAUUUCUUCAAGACACCAGCAACAAGAGGACCGAUCAAUGGGGCGGCUCUAUCGAGAAAAGGGCCCGAUUCGCCAUCGAAGUGACCAAAGCGGUCGUAGAUGCCGUCGGAUCAAAGAAAGUCGGAAUCAGACUAUCUCCCUUCUCAACAUUUCAAGGCAUGGGAAUGGCCGAUCCGAUUCCACAAUUCACGUACCUCGUCUCGCAACUCAAGAAAUUGCAAUUGAGCUACGUGCACUUUGUCGACCCUCGCAUCGACGUGCGGAAAGGGUAUGAAGCCACUGCUACUCUCAAACCUCUCGUUACAGCUUGGGGAAACACUUCUCCGGUCUUAAUUGCAGGCGGCUUUACACCAGAGAUCGCCAAGAACACUGUGGACGAGGAAUACAAAGACUACGAUGUUGUAGUUGUCUUUGGAAAAUACUACAUUUCUAAUCCGGAUCUUGUGUUUAGGUUGCAGAGAGGUCUGCCUUUGGCGGAUUACAACCGGAGCACAUUUUAUGCGGCCAAGGCGAGGGAAGGAUAUGUGGACUGUCCUUUCUCGGAGGAGUUCGCGAGGGAAAAGAAAUUAUAGAACGGCAUCAGCUGAAGGCGUACAAUAUCGUUGGCAUCAUGGCGUCAGUAUCUCUGGCUCGCGGCUGAUCAGCCCUCGAUCGGAGCUUUGGCGUAUAGAGACCCUAGAACGACUUCUCAGAAAACUUACACGAGAACAAGGCGAAGCGAAAAGACCUGCCUUCACAAGUUCCACUCGAUAUUCGCGAAUGGACGCUCGUCAAUGAAUAGUCAAAGACUGCAUUGCUAAUCUCGUCUCUAUCUGGCCUCAGUUUAACCCCCAGUGUUG